CCACUGGAUUGUGCAGGUGAAAUUUGGGGGAGAGGCCAUGGGGCAGCCCCACAGGCUGCUACACCCCCCAUCAGGCUGGUUCAGCUAGGGCCCCUUACUGCCUCCACACAGUUCAGAGAACAGCAAGCUGCUGCCAGGCGCCCGUGUGUGCGAGGCUGGGAAGGAUGUCUGGCCAACAUCCCGCUCACCCCAGAGACGCAGAGGGACCAGGAGCGGCGGAUACGCAGGGAGAUCGCCAACAGCAAUGAGCGGCGACGCAUGCAGAGCAUCAACGCCGGGUUCCAGUCCCUGAGAACCCUCAUCCCGCACACGGACGGGGAGAAGCUCAGCAAGGCAGCGAUUCUCCAGCAGACGGCAGAAUACAUCUUCUCUCUGGAGCAGGAGAAGACGCGCCUCCUGCAGCAGAACGCGCAGCUCAAGCGGUUCAUCCAGGAAUUCAGUGGCUCCUCCCCAAAGCGACGGAGAGCAGAGGACAAGGACGAGGGCAUUGGGUCACCGGACAUUUGGGAGGACGAGAAGGCCGAGGAUCUGCGCAGGGAGAUGAUCGAGCUCCGGCAGCAGCUGGACAAGGAGCGCUCGGUCCGGAUGAUGCUGGAGGAGCAGGUGCGCUCCCUGGAGGCCCACGUGUACCCGGAGAAGCUGAAGGUCAUCGCACAGCAGGUGCAGCUGCAGCAGCAGCAGCAGCAGGGCCAGGUGAGGCUGCUGCACCAGGAGAAGGCUGAGCGCGAGCAGCAGGCGCCCGGCCAGCUUCUGCCCACCCACGGCCCCCCUGCGCCCACCCACCACCCGACCGUGAUUGUCCCCGCUCCGCCGCCGUCUCACCACGUCACUGUGGUGACCGUGGGCCCGUCCUCCGUGAUCAGCACGAUCUCCACUUCCAGGCAGAACCUGGACACGAUCGUUCAGGCGAUCCAGCACAUCGAGGGGACGCAGGAGAAGCAGCUGCUGGAGGAGGAGGAGCGGUGCCGCCGCGCCGUCAUCGUGACCCCCGCCCGGGCCAGCCUGGACCCCUCCAACUCCGACACGGCCUCCGACUCGGAGGCGGACGACAGCGACGGCAUGGAGCACAGCAAGGCCGAGCGGCCCUGACCCCUGCCCGGCCGCGGGGCGGGGGGGGGACUUCAGAGAUAUGCUGAAAUUUUUACAAAAUACCAUUAAAUUUGGGUCGCUUUUAUGACCUUUCAAUACUGUAAGCGGGAGCAUCCGAACCGGGGGGCGCCGAGGCCAGCCAGGGGCGUGGAGCGCCGUGGGAGGCACAGGCUGCGUUUUCCUGGGCAUUCGCGGACCAUGCCCGUGGCCCCGCGACACCCCCCCCGCACGCCCCCAGACCCAGCCGGCCUUGUGUGCCCCCGGGACUGGCGGCACGGAGCGCCGCCGCCUCCCCUGCCCGCCUGGGCCCACCUCGCUCGCAGCUCCCGGCCCGGCUCCACCUGGCAGAUGCGGCGUGCUGGAGCCGUUUUUUGGGGCCGGGGCAGGGCUGCGUGUGCCCAUGGCCAGGAAAGGGCCUUUCCCAUAGUGGGCCGUGGACCCCCCCCAAUUCCCGGGCUGGCUCAGGCUUCAGACCGUUUCAUAGGUUGGGGGCCUCCUUGAACAGGGCACCGCUCUGUGGGGGCGCGGUCAGGGCCCCCAGGCGCCUCUCGUCCGCCGGGGGCGCUCCCUCCCCGUUCGAAGCACUUAGUCCGUUCCGUGGGUCUGGCCGCGAGCGCCCGUAUUCCUGCUCCGUGGUGGGCGCCCCCGCCGCCCCGUCCUCCCACCGCCUCUCCCACCUGGCUGAAGUCUGGGCCAGUGUCGUUCGGGCCUGUUGGUAUUUGGUAGGUUCUUCCCCACCCGCAGCUGUUCCUCAGUUAUUUCAGUUCCUUGUUCUUCUCUUCGUUUUUUUAAGUUUUACAAUUUUCGGGUCUUCGUGUUCAUUGAGAUGCUAUUAUAUUUUGUUAAGAAAGUGGGGAAAAUGAGGCUUGUGCCUUUGUAAAGAAACAAAAUAAAGUUUGUACUUUGUUUUUUAGA